CGUGUGUUUCUUGAGAAAGUGGGGGCCGCCUGCCAGGCUGUGAAAGCAGCCGGCGAUGGAAAGAGCCAAGCUGCGUCGUUCGUCGCGGAGCCCCCCCUGCAGGGGCCCCUUUGCUAUUUUUGUGCCUGGGUCUGAGCGUCACGCUCGGGUAUUUUCUCUGGUGACUAGCUUGCAUCAAUAGACCCUCUAAUGUACACCCGGACCGUCGCGGCGCUCCACAAAGUCGAGGAGCCUUGCUCGCACACGCGUUGACACUCCAACACACACACCGGCGAAUGUGCGGGUCGGUCCGCGCUGCGUUGAUCCCGGUAGGGGCGGUCACGGCGUGGACGCGCGAGACAACACGGACUAUGCAACAUGAGGAAUGCGCGGCGGUUUGACGGCGGACGUUGGACGGCGCGGCGCGCGGCAGGCGGCAGAUGACCCGACUCUGCGAUCGAUUCACGGCAGCGACCCCGUCACUACGGCCACGUGAGGCGAAUCCCCUUUUGAAAAACAAUCCCCGGGAAGGUGACUUUGAGUUUCAUGGAGUCACUCGAAACUAUCGCCGAGGUGAAACGCUCCACCGAGGACCGGGAAAGGAACGCCGCCGCAGCCCAGAUACAGCGUUCACCGGAGCCCCCGGCGGCGCUGCCCACCGAGGGCGUCCCGCCGCUCGAGGGGGAGGGCGGGGGAGGGCGCGAGGUGGGGAGGCUCCGGCGGACGCAAGAAGGUCAGAGCCGAGGCACGUGCGGAGCGAGAGAAUCGACCGACUCAGGGAAUUCACCGCAACCAGGAGGUCCGUGCUGCGAGGCCGGCCACAAAGACUAUGAUCCGUCCACGUAUCUGUCUCCAGGCGGACAGGAAGCUGCGGGGCACCACAGGAAGUCCCCCGGUCUGGCCACGGACGCCGCUCAGCAGCCCUGCCACCCGGGGACGGACCCGUCGGCGGCGGAGGCGCAGAAAUCCCAAAAGCCCGGGAGGUACGUGUGCGACUACUGCGGCCGGGCGUGUGCCAAGCCCAGCGUGCUGAAGAAGCACAUCCGCUCGCACACGGGCGAGAGGCCCUACCCCUGCCUCCCGUGUGGCUUCUCCUUCAAGACCAAGAGCAACCUGUACAAACACAGGAAGUCCCACGCGCAUCUGGUCAAAGCCGGCAGCGCUUCCUUCUCGGAGCUGGGUACGUACGGCGGCGGCGGCGACCAGGGAUCCUUCGAGGGCGACGGCGAGCUGUACUCGGACGGCGAGCAGACCACCGACACGGACGACGACGGCAUCGGGGACCCCUUGCUGCUGCUGGACUCCCCCGCCGAGGCCGGCUCGGAGAGCAUGGCCGUGAAGGUCCUGAACCUCAUCGCCCAGAAGAGGGGAGGGGUCGCCGCCUCCGUGGCCGGGACGGCGCCUCAGGACGGGUCGCAGGAAGUCACCGCCGUGUCCCCCGCCGUCUCUCCGUGCGGCCGCGCCGUCCAGUCCAGCGCCGUCAAGCAGCGGCUGGCCCUCCGGCUCUCGGAGAAGCGCAGCGGCGAGUCGGAGCAGAACCUGUCGCUGCCCAGUCAGUCCAGCAAGGGCAGCACCGACUCGGGCUACUUCUCCCGGUCGGAGAGUGCCGAGCACCAGGCCGGGCCGCCCAACGCCAACGCCAAGUCCUACCAGGAGAUAAUGUUCGGCAAGUGCUACCGGCCCAGCCCCAAGCAGAUGACGGCGUUCGCCCUAAGCGGCCGGGACGCCUCCAGCGAGCACCCGGCUCCGCGGCCGGAGAGGGGCGUCUCCCGCGUGUUCACCCAGGAGAAGGACGUGGUGGAGCCCAUCAAGAUCACCACCAAGAUGUACGGCCGGGAGGAGAUGCUGGCGGAGGCACCGCCGGACGGGGGGCUGGACGCCGGCCCCCUGCUCCGGAGCAACUCCAUGCCCACGUCGUCGGCCGUCUGCCUGAGCGUGCCGCCCUGCCUCCGGGGCAGCCACUCCUUCGACGAGCGGUCCACCGCCGGGGGGAUGAGGAGGCUCCGGCGACAGGCGGCCUUCGAGCACUCGGUCCACGAGGGGCACCACGAGAGCGACGGCCCCGGGAGGGUUCCUGAGGGCGGCGUGGCGGAGAUGGAGGGCCUGCCGUCCGGCGCCAGCCACAACAAACACGCCAUGGAGCUGGCGACGCGAAAGCGGCGCAAAGAGAAGCGGGAGGAGGAGGAUUCGUCGGGGGUGUACGACGCCCAGGGCGGAGAGUGUGAAGACGUCGCCCGCUACCCCCUGGACUCCGUCAAGGACUACGAUAUGAAAGGAGCCAUGGGGCUCUUGGCUUUGGGGAAAGGCGUCUGCAUUCACGCACAGCCGGACAGGGCUGACAUGGAGCUAUCCGUGGACACCCAGACAUGCAGCAGGAAGAGCGUAGGGAACGUGAUCUCUGUGAUACAACACACAAACUCACUGAAUCGAUCGCACGUCCCCGAACCGUCGGAGUCCUACGUUAAGUAUCAAGGACUGAGGCACGAGCAAUGCUCUUCGUUCCACGGCUCGUUGGAGCACACCGACUCGUGUGAGAUGGAGAGCAGUGUCGGCAGAACGGGCCAGUCCUUUCAGAUGGGCCCCAAACUGGUGCGGCAGUCCAACAUCCAGGUCCCUGAGAUCAGGGUGACGGUGGAGCCCGACAGCCCCGAGAAAGCGCCGGAGGUGAAGGUAAAGGCCAAGGAGCCCGAGAGGCACGUGGAAGUGGAGUUCCAGUGGCCGCAACGGAGCGAAACCUUAGCACAAUUCCCGCCCGAGAAACUGCCCCCGAAGAAGAAGAGGCUCCGCCUGGCCGACAUCGAACACUCCUCGGGCGAGUCCAGCUUCGAGUCGGCCUGCACCAGCCUCUCGCGCAGCCCCAGCCAGGACAGCAACCUGUCCUACUGCUCCGCCUUCUCCUUCGACCGCGAGGAGAGCCUCAAGUCUGUCUCCCCGGGCCGGCAGGACGAGUUCGGACGACCGCUGGAACUGCUGGCCGUGCCGGGCAGCGCCCACGCCCUGUCUCUGCUCCACCAGCGGCAGCAGCACGAGAUGAGGCGGUCCUCAUCGGAGCAGGCGCCCUGCGACAUGCGCAAGGAGUUCCCCGAGACUCGCAGCGUGUCGUUUGACUACGGCAGCCUCACGCCGACGUCCAAGGGACGGCUGGCGGACAUCGGCGAGAGACGGCGGGGCAACCUGGUCAGACAGCCGUCCCUCAACAUGGACACCGAGGUCACGCCGCAUGGCCCGUCCAAAGCGGGGCACCAGUUCCCGAGCGGCGUCCUUCCUUUCACGCCGACCGCCCCGCCACCUCCGCCGACGUUGCCCUUGUUCGCCUCGGGUAUCUACCAAUCGCCGCCCGGCGUCCUGGUGCCUGUCCGGGCGCACACUCACCUGCCGUCCUACGGCAGCAUCACCUACACCACGGUGUCGCAGAUCCUAGACCACCAGUACGACACGGUGUGUUCCCUCAUCGGCGCCGCCGUCACAAGCACCACCGCGUCCCGGACCCAGCUCCGCCUGUUCGGAACCCUCGACCACCCCCCGGCGACCGUCGUCACGGGCGACGCCAGGUCGGCCUCCCUGGACGUGGAGGCGCUGGACCUGUCCUCGGCCAAGCUGAAGACGGGCAUCCCGCUCUCGCUGACCUCCAGGACCAUCUCCACCACCAACGCCUCCAGCGGCGGCGGCGGCGGCGCCAACAAGCGCAUGCUGUCGCCCGCCAGCAGCCUGGACCUCUUCAUGGAGGUCAAGCAGCAGAAGCGCGUGAAGGAGGAGAAGAUGUUCGGGCAGAUCGUGGAGGAGCUGAGCGCCGUGGAGCUGGGGAAGUGCUACCUGGCCGAGGACGGCCGGCCGGGCUCAGAGAUGCAGGUCUUCUCUUCGGCCCGAGCUCCGGACAAAUUCAUCGGCUCCUCGCGGCGCAACGUCGGAGAGAGCGUCGACUCGGCCAUGGACAGCAGCGGCUCCCCGCCGUUCUCCACGGCGCCCGUCGGCGGAGACGCCGAGGACGGCAAGGUGCCGAUGGACACGGCCGCGCAGCCGACCUCCUCGGACGACCCCCGACCCCGGCUCCGCCCCUCGCAGUUCCCCAGCCUGCGCACCGCCACCGGCGUGAGCUGGUGCUACCUGAACUACGCCAAGCCCAGCAGCGUCCUCGGCGACGACGCGGGCCCUGCCCCCUCCGUCUACGCCACCUGGUGCGUGAGCCUGCACAACCCCAACCCCCCCGCCGUCAGCACCAGCACGGCGCUGGCCCUCCUGCGGUCCCGGCAGCGGCGGGACGGGGUGCUGUACACGGUGGCCGCCAUGUGCCAGCCCGGCGCGGGGAAGCUGGUGUCCUCCUUGAUCCUGUGGAGGCAGAAGAUGGAGCAGCUGCAGAGGAAACCAGAGAUCAAGGAGGAGGCGGUGGCGACCACGCCGCCGGCGUUGGGGGCGGGGCCAGGGACGGGGCCAGGGACGGGGCCGGUGGCGGCGGCCUACGGGAGGAAGGCGAAGGAGCCCGGCUGCAGGCCACGGACGGCCAAGGAGGAGUGGAAGGAGCGCGAGGCCACCCUGGGCCAGGCGCUGCCAACACGCAUCAAGAUCUUCGAGGGCGGGUACAAGUCCAACGAGGACUAUGUGUACGUGCGCGGGCGCGGUCGGGGGAAGUACAUCUGUGAGGAGUGCGGCAUCCGCUGCAAGAAGCCCAGCAUGCUGAAGAAGCACAUCCGCACGCACACCGACGUGCGACCCUACGUCUGCCGGGUCUGCAACUUCGCCUUCAAGACCAAAGGAAACCUGACAAAGCACAUGAAGUCCAAAGCACACAUGAAGAAGUGUCUGGAGAUGGGCGUGUCCGUGUCCGUGGACGACAUCGAGAUCCAAGAAGCGGUUGAGGGAGGAGCCACGCAGGACUCCAAGGCGGGGCUGGGGGGCGUGGCCAAGCACCAGUUCUCGGACGCCGACGACUCGGACGGCGCCGACGAGGACAUGGACGAGGUCGACGAGGAGGACGACGACGACGAAGACUACGAGGGCGACUCCACGCCCAAGAUGCGCUCCCGGAGCGCCAGCCCCCAGCCCGGCGGCGGGGGGGGCGUGGCCUCGCUAUCGGUGACCGCCAGCGCCGCGCUCCACGGCUACUCCCUGGCCUCGCUCCCGGGGGCCACGGGGGGGGGGGGGCCCCGGCGGCGCUCGCCGUCCAAGGACAACCCCGCCCUGGUCGCCAUGGAGCAGCGGGACCGCCACGUGGACGAGGACUCGCUGACCAUGCUGUCCCCGGACCAGAGCUGCUUCCUGUUCGACCCGUCUGCUUCCUGCCUGCUCUCGCCCGGCUGGGAGUCGCCGCUCCGGGAGCCGUCGCCGUCCCGCCUGCGCUACCCCUCCCCCCGCCGGGAGCUGUCCCCGCGGGGCCGCUCCGCCCCCCCCCGCUGGGACGGCUCCCCGCUGAGGCCCGGCUCCCCCGGGUUCUCCUCCCCCCUCUCCCGCCACCUCUCCCCCGUCUCGGCCGAGAGGCCGCUGUCCCCGCUGAGCGAACUCGCCGGCAGGAGGGAGCCCGCCGCGGUCAGGGGCCGGCAGAGGGUGGUCCUGAGGGCCAUGUCCCCGCGCCGGGGGGCCCACCAGCACCGCGGCCCCCUGGGGGAGAAGGGCCGGCAGGUGAAGGUGGAGUCGCCCCCCCAGCAGCUCCUCACGCUGCAGCCGCGUGGAGCCUUCGAGACGGCGCCGGAUCAAAGGAGCGGCCUGGCUCCCAGCAUGCAGUGCGGUGCCAGCGUUCCACUGCAGAACCUCCUCAGCCACCUCCCCCUGCACUCCCAGCAGCCCGCCGGCAGCCUGCUCCCCCUCUGCCCCGUGGGGGGGGUCCAGAUGCUGCCCGCCCAGCCCUCCUCCUCCUCCUCCUCCUCUUCCUCCUGCACCUCCUCCUCCUCCUCCUACGCCCUCAGCCCGCAGGCCAGCGAGAGCAGCAUGGAGUGCGGCUCGCUCCCAGAGCCCCCGGAGUCGGGGGGCGAAGAGGCCGGGCUCCAGCUCCAGGAGCGCCCGUCCUCCUCCUCCUCCGCCUCCUGCUCCUCCGUGGCCUCCCCCCCGGAGGCCGCGAGGAGGAGCAACGAGGAGCAGGAGGAGGAGCCGCCGCGGAGGCUGGAGCACGGCAGCGGCGGCGGCGGCGGCGGCGGUGGCGGCGGCGGGCAGGAGGAGAACGUGCAGACGUGCGUGACGGCCAUCGCCUCGCUGAAGAUCAGCGUGGAGGAGCUGCACUGAAGGCUCCUCAGAACUCCUCCUGGUUCUGGCCUCCGGCACGCAGACCUUUACAUCUGCUUCCUCUCAGCUUUUCGCAGGGUCGGUCGCGUCGGUCCAUGUCACGCGUGUAUGUGCACACGUGUGUUUGGGUCCCCAGGCCCAUCGGGCGUCCUCCAGGCACCCACCUGGGGCGCUGAGGCUCUAGCUCUGGACGGGACAGUGGAGAGUAGAACUUCAUCCACCACCGACCUGUCGUGUUGAAUGUGGUUCCCCUGAGCUCCUCCUCCAGAGGGGCGGGGAACGGUGUGGUUUGGGGGUCCGGGUCAGGGUUUGGGACCACCGGGUCUUGGUCUGGGUCUGGGUCUGGGUCUGGGAGGACCUGGUCUGGGUCUUGUUCUGGGUCUGGAAGAACCCAGACCGGCGUUACAGAAGUUACGGACACAAAUCAGUGUUGGGUGCAGGUGCAAUAUGGAAAUAUAUUAUGCUAAUAUGCCUUUGUUUGACAUUGUAGUUUGCGUACAAUUGCACAUAAAUAUAUUUAUGAACUCUGUACAGAAUAUACCUGAAGUAUAUACUCCUUCGUAGACCGCAUACAAAAUAUUGUGUAUUCAACGUGUACAUUGAAGAAAAUGAAAAAAAACUAGACUGUUGUAUAACGUACGUAUCAUAUCGAGGUGUGGCACCGUAGCGCAGUAAAGCGACAAACUAAUCGUAAGGGAGAGCGUAUGUAAACUAUAUAUAAAAACACUUUGACCAAAUUUAAGUAGAUGCUUCUUGUGCGGUUUAAAACUCUUUUAACGACGCAGUGGUGGCGUGUGCCUUUUCGUUGCUUCAAUCUUAUCGCCCUUCGAAUGGAGGAGCCUCAUCAUAGCGUACUCUAUCCAACGGUCUGCCCGGGACUUUGAUCUUAAGCGUAUCUUUUUGGUAUUAGUUUGAGUCCGUUUUUCUUUUUUGUUUUCCGCUGAUUAAGACGCAGCUUGAUUUGUUUUUUUAAAAAAAGGAUCGUAAAUGGUUUAUUACGUUGCAUCUUUCUUAAUGUUGUGGUUUUUAAUCUUGAUAAACAUGCAUGGGGUUUGCUAUUGCACAAGAAUAGAGGAAAGUUGUACGAUGUAUUUAUGUAUACUGUAAGAUGUAUUUAUAUAUUAGAAAACGUAAGCACUUAUUGAUAAAUAUUUGACUACUAUUUAUACCGUCUCUCUACUGAUGCAGGUAUGCAUUGAGCCAUCGCUUAUGUUCCUAUGUCGUCGUCGCCCUCAACAAAUCAAAACUACACCUCUAUUUACUCCCCGGACCCCUCAGCUGACCAUACCAGUUUAAUAACCAUCAUUUUACGGUGAAUUUUUUCGCCUGAGCACUUUGGGUUUUUUCCAUCUUUGAUAACUAGCGGUGGGUUCGCUGUGGUGGAGUUUGAUGCGUUGAUACAUUUUAUUUGUGACAUUCCUGUUUCUCAGUCCCGAUUUCUUGUCGUUUUUUCCCACAUUUCGAGGGUAGCCAGAUAAAGCAUUUUCACGUACAGUAACAAAAACUUAAGUAUUGAUGUAAACGAGUAUUACUCUGCUUCAGCUCAAACAUGCAUUUGAACAUUUACCAAAUGCAUUAUUUCUCUCUCUGUGUAUAUAAAUAUACACAUACCACACACACACACAAACACACACACACACAAACAAACAAACAUGUGGAAUUGUAUUAUUUAAAGUAUUUUUGCAGUGCAGUAUAGCUGGAUUGUUUAUAUAUUGUUGAAAGGUCAAAGGUCAGAUUUAAUGCCUUGUGAGGUAGGGGAAAUAGCACAGUGUUCGUGUGUUCAGCUUUAAAACUCUAUCAACAAACAACACAAUACAGUAAGAUCCCCCGUCUGAGAAAUAGAUUUCAAAUUCAACGUUUGCUCUCUCAUGUUUACAAUUAUGAGUAUUAUUAUGAUUAUGUUCUUUCUUUCUUUCUGCAGACGCAGUUCUGCUUUUAUUUUGUGUUAUCGAUCCGAUAUUGUAUACAUCACUAUAAUUCAGUAGUUUAUGUGACUUAUCUGUCGUGACUUUUGCAGCUGAAAACGCUCAUAAAACAGACGGCUUUUAUUUGCUUUGGAACCCUGCAUUCAGAUUGUGUUUGUUGUGUUUCGUUUUUAUCGUGUACUUUCUAUUUACUGAACCUGCAUUGUGCCUCUGGUGUAUCUGAACCCUCCCCAUUCACUCACUGAGGGCGAAUCACGUACCUCCAGGGCGGGGGUGACGGACGGCUUUGGUAGCCAAUCCUGUGUUUAGAAAUCUGCGACCGAACCUGCACAGCAAGGACUGGAGGAGUGGAGUGCCUCUUUUAUGCCAUGAGGGAAUCUAUGAUUUGGUGCUCGACUUUUUAAGAUUAAAUUAAAAAGAAAUAUGUUUCAACAGAAUAUA